AUGGGCAUUCUUGGUUCCCUGUCCAAAUAUUUGGCAAUUGCCAUUUUGAUUUCAACGUACAAGUCUCUUCCCGGUGCUUAUUUUGUCCGCUUCUAUGCCCGGGUCAUUGACAACCUGGUUAUACCACUGAUUUUUGGUAAGAACACCAAAACCAUUCAGCAGCUACAAAAUGAUAAAUACGGCUGUUUUGCAUACGCGGAAUUGAGUACGUACGCCUCCUUGUUUGAGUGCGAUUUCUACAUGCAUAAGAGUAAUAGUACUUAUUUCGAAGAGCUGGACGUGUCCAGGACGGAUUUGAUGACGAAAAUAUUCCAAAAACUGUUUCUCACCUCUAAGCGCUAUCCGUACGUCCCGGUUGCAAAUGUUUUCACAACUUUCAUCAAAGAAAUAAAGCCAUUUCAAACUUAUAAAGUCCGUAGCUGCAUUCUCUGUUGGGACGAAAAAUGGUUGUAUGUCAUUAGCAGGUUUCUGACCAAAAAUGGUUCUCAGCUUGCAGCGCUUUCGAUUACCAAAUACGUUUUGAAAGACGGCAGAAAGACGAUUCCUCCACAAACUGCUCUGGAAAUCUGCGGCCUGUACAACGAAGACGUUCAGAAAGUUUCCGAGCAAAACAUGCAAGUGCUGUCACAACAGUGCGGUUUUCACAAGACCAGUCCACUCGAGGAAUUAAAACACGAAUACAAUCGAAUUUAA